CCUCCCCCCGGAGUUCCCGGUGGCCAAUCGGCGGCCUUCAAGGCGGAACCGGCCGACCAAUCGGGUGGCGGUGGAGGCGGAGCCUCGGCGGGCGACGGCCAAUCAGAGGAGGGGAUGUUGGGGGGGCUGGAGGCGGUGAAACGGAGGGUGAUGGGUGGCACCUACAGCUCCACGUGCGGCUUUGUGCAGGACGUGGUGGCCGCCAUCUCCACGCCGGGCGCGGCCCGUGCCACCCACCUCAAGGCCACCUUCAUGCAGUUGAUGGAGCAGCUGUUCCCGUGGCUGGACGUGAGCAGCAGGUUCCCCUCAAAAGUGAAGUCACCCAGGAGUGAGCCCCCCAGUCCACUCUACAGGGUGCCCCCCACGACGGACCACCUCUACGCCCAGUGGAGGAGCCAGUGGGGGGAUCAUCCAGCAGCAGACGACGCGGCAAACACCAACAGCAACAGCAGCAAUGGGUGUGUGUCGCCGUGGCGGCUGAGCUCCACUCCGCCGCCCUCGGCCCUCGACUGCCGCCAGUGCUGCCUCUGCCUCGAGUGCGGAGACCUGCAGCCCGACGAGGCAGGCAGGCUGUUGUAUGCAGGACAGAACGAGUGGCUGCACGUGAACUGUGCUCUCUGGUCCGCUGAGGUGGUGGAGGAAGCGGGCGGAGCGCUGAGGAACGUCCACGCUGCCAUCGCUCGCGGGAAACUCAUGCGCUGUGAGCUUUGUCAGAAGCAGGGUGCCACCGUGGGUUGCUUCCUGACGGCGUGUGCCAGCAACUUCCACUACAUGUGUGCACGUCGCGCCCAGUGCUGCUUCCAGCAGGACAAGCAGGUGUUCUGUACCCGGCACGCCUCGCUCGUGACCACGCGGACACUGUGUGAGGGAGACUUUGCCGUGUCUCGCCGAGUCUUCGUGCAAGUCGAGGGUUUGGCCCUCAAGAAGAAAUUCCUCCACGGCAUCAGCCCGGAGUCCGUGCGGAUGAUCAUCGGCUCUCUCACUAUCGAUGCCCUGGGAGUCCUAACAGAGCUGUCCGAGUGCGAUGGCUUCCUCUACCCCAUUGGAUACACGUGUCGUCGCGUCUACUGGAGCACGGUCCACGCUGGGCGCCGCUGCGUCUACACUUGCCGCAUUCUCGAGUUCCGACCCAAACCCGCGGCUCCGGACGUGAACAGCACCCAGUCACACAGCACGGAGACGCACACACGGGACGACGCGGCCGGGACGGUCGAGACGGUGCCGGCGCUGGCGACUUUGGCGGCCGCCGCGGCCGCCAACGUCGGAGAGGCUGGGCCCUCCGCCGAGGCCUGCGGCAAGGCUCCGGCAAUCGGCAAGUCCCCGGGGUCUCCUCGCGCCGGCGGCGGCGGCGGUGGUGACGGCGGAGUCGCUGCGGCAAAGGCCGCUGCUGUGGCCUCGUACGAAAACCCUGGGAGCCCGCCCCGCCGAGCGUCUCACAUCAUCAUGGUCAGCGACGAGUCGGUCUCCCCGGUGCGACGGCGGAUCCCCGCACGCAAACCGCACUACCUCCUGUCGCCGCCGGCGCCGGCACGGCCACCGCGGAUCACCGCCAUCGCCUCCUCCUCCUCGUCCUCCUCGUCCUCCUCGUCGUCUGCGUCGUCCGGCUCGACUUUGCAGCACCAGCCGGACUGCGAGCUGUCGGCGCUCGCCCCGUUCAGCUCUCCCGACCUGCAGCUGCUAAGCGUCGUGGCCAUGUCCAUCGGGGGGGCGGGGGGCGGCGGUGGCGGCGAGGCUCUCGCGCCGCUCCCCGCCGACGUCGGGGAGAUGUCGGCGGAGUCGCCGCGGGACCCGGCGGCCACGGCGGGGUCCGUCGUUUCGGCCAGGUACCAGUUUGCGUUGGAGGAGUUGGCGGCGGACAGGGAGGACGACCUGGAGCGGCGCGUCGCCCCCCACCCGGCCGCCCUCCUCGCCCCUCCGCCCGGUCAGCUCCCGUACCGCCCCAGCGGCGGCGGCCUUCCCUCCGGUCGCCACGGCGACGAGGCCUCGGCGGAGGAGCUACAGCAGCAGCAGCUGCUACAGCAACAGCCGCAGCAUGAGCAGCUACAGCAGGGUGAUGACAACGAUGCGGCGCCGGCGGCACUGUCGGCUCCGACUCCUUCCUCGGACGACGACGAGGGCGGUGGCUGCGGUGGCCGCUACUCCGCUUUGCCGCGCCUCGUCUUCUCCGAAGUCGCCGUCACCGCCGGCGAUCGUCGCUCGCCGCCGCCGCUACCGGCGGAGGGGGAGACGCGGAUCGGCGGGCAGGUCGAUGGCGCGGACGACGACGGCGAGGACAACGGCGCUGGCGACGGUGACGGCGAGGCGGCGUCCGCGAGCGGCAGCGGUGCCGGUAGCGCCGGCGCAUCGACGACGACGACGCCGGCGCCGGUCGUGGUGUCACUGGCGGCGGUCGCGGCAAUGGAGCGACGUGCGGCCGGGACGACGGCCGUCAAGCUGCUGCUCACCGACCCCAAACUUCAGUCGAGCUUCGUGGACCUCCGGCGAACCGGGGAUGACGCCGCCGCCGCCAGCGGCCGGCAGCUGCGCCGCACCCACAGCCUCGACUGCCGCGCCGGCAGCGCCCGUGGUGGCGGCGGCGGCGGUUCCGGCGUUUCCGGCGUCGUGGGGAGAGCGGAGCCGAUUGGUCGCCGUAGUCGGAGCGUUCCGGCUGCGGCGGCGGAGGCGGAGGCAGUUGCCACAGCCGCGGCUGUCGCCGUGGCAACUCGCCACGGCAACCCUUUGCGCGAGGAGGAAGAGGAGGAGAAGGAGGAGGGGCCAGGGGAAAAUUCCGUGGCGACCGCGGACUGCGGAAACUCCGGUUACCGCGGUGACCGCGGUUACCGUGGCGACCGCGCCGACACUUGCGGCUCCUUCCACGGCGACGUGGGCCCUCCCGACGGCGGCGUGCGUCGUCCCGUUCACCGCGCCGCCGCCGAUCUUCACGCUCUCCUCGCCGGGCCUCACCUGGUCGUUCGCACCACCACCGCCGCCGUUCCCGGCCGCGCUCCCCAACGGCCACGGAGCGCCGGCGGUGACCUCGGCGGUUCCCUCGCCGGCGCCGCCCGACGCUCCGCCCCCGAACCUCCCCCCGCCCCGGGUCUUCCUCGUCUCGGCCGACGGCUCCGGCGCCAGCCUCGUGUCCCCGGCGCCUCCUCCUCCUCUGCCGGCGCCGGCGCCGUCCUCGGCAAGCUGCCGGACGGCGCCGCUCAGCCGGCGUCGCGGCCGACGCCGGCGCAGCUCGCGAUGCCGCAGCCGCUGGUGCUGUUCGGCAGCCAGCACCGGCAGUACCACCAGCACCAGCUGCUCGCCGGCGUGGGCGGCGCCGGCGUGGGGGCCGCCGGCAACUCCAACGUCACCAUCAUCUCUCUGCCUUCGUCCAUGAUGCACCAGCACCACCAGCAGCAGCACCAGCUGAUGAUGUCGCCCGAGGCCGCCGCUGGUUUUGACCGCGGCGGCGGUGCCGGCAACUUCAUGCUGCGCUUCCUGGCGGUCGGCUCGCCGCUCAACUUCGCGCAGCCGGCGCCGGCGGUCGGUCCGUCGCCGCCGCCACCGCCGCCUCCCGGCACUGCCAAAACCCAGCAGCAGCAGCAACAACAGCAACAACAGCAGCAACUGCAGCAGCAGCAACAACAACAACAGCAGCAACUGCAGCAACUGCAGCAGCAGCAACAACAGCAGCAGCAACUGCAGCAGCAGCUGCGGCAGCAGUUUGCCACGAUGCCGGGGCUCUACGGCGUCAGCGCCAGGCCGGCGCUCCCUCCACCGCCGGCGCCGGAUCCGUCGCGGAGUUGCUCCGGGUUCGGCGGCAGCGGCGCCACCACAACGACGAUGAUGAGCGCCACGACCACAACCACCAGCGUCGGCACAGGCGUCACCACCGCAGCAGCAGCAGCAGCAGCAGCAGGAUGUGGGCGGCUAGCACCCGGCGGCGGCGGUUGUGGUGGUGGUACCGCCACUACCGCCUCCUCCCUGUGGAACCCGUUUGGCGCGGCGCUGGCAGCUGCCGCCGCCGCCGCCACCACCACCACGACCACCGCCACCACCACCACGAGGCGUCCGAAGCCCAAACAACAACCGCAGCAGCAGCAGCAGCCACCGCCGACGCAGCAGCAGCUGCAGCAGCAGCAGCAGCAGCUGCAGCAGCAGAAGGCGUCAAACGCCAGGGCGCCGAUGCCGGCGCCGUCGCCGGUGUCGUCGUUUGCCCCGGCGGGCAAGCUGGCGGAGAGCUGCCAGCUGGGCCUGGAAUCGCUCUGCCGAGUCUUCCGCGCCGGCGGCGACUUCCUGCCGUUGCCCUCGAAGCAGCAGCAGCAGCAGCAGCCUCCUGCUGCGGCUCCAGCUGCUGCUGCUGCUGCUGCGGGAGACGCGAGGGGCAAGAAGAGGUGGAGGGACGAGGUCGCUGCUGGCGCCCGCGGAGGUGGCGGUGGCGUUGGUGGCGAUGAGUCUGGGGCAGCGGGGACGCAGCACGGCAACAAGCGUCUCCGCAUCAAGAUGCCGUCGUUCAAUCUGUCGGAAUUUGGGGACACGGGAGACGAGGCAGAGGAGGAGGAAGACGACGACGAUGAAGACGAUGAGAGGGUGGAGAGGAUGGGCGUCGUGAAUCUGCCUGCCGCCACCACCACCACCGCCACCAUGGCCACCACCGCCACCAUGAUCUCCUCUUGCAACUUCAGCACCCGCGCCGAGGAGCUGGCGGCCUUGUGUACACCGUGUGAGGAGGGCACCGACGAGGAGUCGUGCAGCUCCCCGCUGCUGGCGCUGCUGCUGCGGCGCCAGGCUGCCGCCGAGCUGCAGGAGUCCCAGCGGCGCCAGCGGCAGCGGCGGCUGAGGCAACGGCGCCACCACCGCCGCCACCACCACCACCACCAGCUGCAGCAGCAGCAGCAGCAGCAGCUGCAGCAGCAGCAGCAGCAGCUGCAGAGCGGCAAGCGGCGCCGGCCGCAGCACGAGCCGCGUCGUCACGACGACGGCUGCUACGACGACCAUGACGACGAUGACGAUGAUGACGGCUACGACGACGAUGAUGACGACGACGAUGACGACAGCGACGACUGCGGAGACUUCGCUGCCGGUGGAUCCCCGUGGGACUGUCCCUCUUCCUCCGCUGCCACCAAACCACUCCCCACCGCUGCCACCAAACCAGUCCCCACCGCUGCCACCAAUUCGGCCCCCGCCAACGCCGACACGGCCGCCGUGGGGUCACCGCCGCCGCCGGGGUCACCGCAGGGGUCGCCCCCGGGGUCGUUGCCGGGGUCGGGGUCGUUGCCGGGGUCGUCGGGGUCGUUGCCGGGGCGACCGCCCCCCCCCGGCGAGGCGGAGAAGCCGGGCCUCAUCGUGGAGAUCGCCAGCGACGACGGGUUCUUCGUGCGCUCGCGCUCCGUGCAUGAAGCGUGGAAGGCGGUGACUGACGGGGUUCUGCAGCUCAGGAAGAAGUCUUGGCAGAGGCCGGUCAUCUUUGACGGCCUGUGUGGGGUGCGUCUGCUGGGUCUGCGCCACGACUCGGUCUGCUUUCUGCUGGAGCAGCUUCCCGGCUCGUCUCGCUGCUGCGACCACAAGUUUCGCUUUCACCGCCGCGGCGACGCCAACGCCGCCCUGCCGCUCAACGCCAGCGGCACCGCUCGCACUGAGCCCUUCGCCAGCCGUGUCCCCGUGGACAUGUUCAACUUCCUGGUGUCGCGUCACCGCCAGCGUCCAGAGUCGCAGCCUCACGAAGACGAAGACCUGGACGAGAUGCAGCUCAAGUCGGCUCGACGUGCGACGAGUCUGGAUCUGCCCAUGGCCAUGAGGUUCCGGCACCUCAAGAAGACGUCCAAGGAAGCGGUGGGAGUCUACAGGUCUGGUAUCCACGGCCGAGGGUUGUUCUGCAAGCGCCCCAUCGAGGCGGGCGAGAUGGUGGUGGAGUACUCCGGCGUCGUCAUCCGCUCCGUGCUGGCCGACAAACGCGAGAAAUACUACGAUGGGAAGGGCAUAGGCUGCUACAUGUUCCGCAUGGACGACUACGAGGUGGUGGACGCCACGAUGCACGGCAACGCGGCUCGCUUCAUCAACCACUCGUGCGAACCCAACUGCUACUCGCGCGUCAUCGGCGUGGAUGGCGCCAAGCACAUCGUGAUCCUGGCGCUGCGCCGCAUCGCACGCGGCGAGGAGCUCACCUACGACUACAAGUUCCCGCUGGAGGACGCUCGCUCCAAGCUGCCCUGCGACUGCGGCGCCAGGAGAUGCCGCAAGUUCCUCAAUUGAGGGGUGGGGGGCUGGGUGGGUGGUGGGUGGGGUGGGUGGUGAGUGAGUGAGUGGGUAGGUGAGUGGGUAGGUGAGUAAGUGAGUGAGUGGGUAGGUGAAUGGUUGAAUGAGUAGGUGAGUGGGUGAGUGAGUAAGUGAGUGGGUGAGUGAGUGAGUAUGUGGGUUGGGGUGAGUGCUGAUGGGUGGAAGGGUGGACAGUAAGGGUGGAAGUGAAGGGUGGACAGGAAGGAGGAGGAGGAGGUCCCUGACACCUGCGGAGUGGUGGCGAUGCGACUGUUGUUGUUGUUGUCACUGCUACUCCGACUGUGAUCACACAUUCACCCCACCACCACCACCACUACUACCCCCCACUAACCCUCCCCCCCCCACUACUAACCCUCCCCCCCCCCCACUAACCACCCCACUACUACCACCACCUGUUCAUCUACCCCCCGCCUCCACCUGGUGGUGGUUGUUGUGGUGGUGGUGGUGGUUGUUGUGGUUGUUGUGGUGGUGGUUGUUGUCGGGACCGCCCCAGCGAUAAUAACCGCUCCGCUCGAUAGGGAGAGAGGUCUGCAGAUCGUCGAUCGAGCAUUGGCUUGACGACUCACUCGAACCAUCGAUUGCUCACCCACCCACCCACUCGCCUACCCACUCGCUCACACACUCGCCCACCCACCUACUUACUUACCCACCUACUCGCCCACCCACCCACUCACCCACCCACCCACUCGCUCACACACUCGCCCGCCCGCUCGCUCGCUCACUCGCCCACUCGCCCACCCACCCACUCGCCCACCCACCCUCCCACCCAUCCACCCACCCACUCGCCCGCCCGCUCACCCACCCGCCCACCCUCCCACUCACCCUCCCACUCACCCUCCCACUCAACCACCCACCCACCAACUCGCCCACCCAUCCACUCGCCCACCCUCCCACUCGCCCACCCACUCGCCCUCCCACUCACCCACCCACUCGCCCUCCCACUCACCCACCCACUCGCCCGCCCACUGAGUGACUCAGUGUACUGGCGAUAUUAACUUCUGCGCGUUUUUUUCCCCUCGCGAAUUUUUUCUAACUACUUACUAACUACUGCUACUAACCCAUUAUUAUUGAUGAUGAUGAUUGAUCGAUGUCCAGUCGAUACACAGUUGCGUUUCUUAGCUUCUUCUGCUCGUUGUUGUUCUUACAUUGUGCGGUGUGUAUAUAGAGAGACUUAGAGAUGCAGAGAGAGAGGAGAGAGAGACAGAGAUGAGAGACAGACAUAGACAGAUGAGUGAGAUGAGAGACAGACAGAGAGAGAGAGACAGAGAGAAGUGAGAGACAGAGAGAGAUGAGAGACAGAGAAGUGACAGACAGAGAGACAGAUAGAGAUGAGAGACAGAGAGACAGACAGACAGAGAGAGAGAGACAGGGAGAGAUGAGAGACAGAGA